GAGCCCUCCUUGUCGAGGUGGUGGGAGUAUCCAGGCUGGAAUUUGUUCGAAAUUGAACUUCCUAUCGAAAAAAGUUCAUAUAAUGGGAGACAAGAAGAGCCCGACGAGGCCGAAGCGACAGUGUAAGUCCUCUUCCGAUGAGGGAUACUGGGACUGUAGCGUUUGCACGUUCAGGAACACCGCGGAAGCUUUCAAGUGUAUGAUGUGCGAUGUCAGAAAGGGAACGUCAACGCGGAAACCUCGCCCUGUUUCACAGCUGGUAGCUCAGCAGGUCCCGCUGCAGUUCGCCUCGCCUACACAACCCAAAAAGGAAAGAAAGGAUAAGACAGACAGAGAGAAAGGUGACAAAGAUUCCACAGUAAAGAAGAACAGCCACAAGAGGAUGAGGCCAAGAUUAAAAAACGUGGACAGGAGUAGCGCAGAGCACCUGGAGGUCACAGUUGGAGACUUGACAGUCAUUAUCACAGACUUUAAAGAGAAAACGAAGCCCUCUUCUGUCUCCUCAAGCACUACAGCUUUGGCAGACCCGCACAGUCAAAGUGGUUCUAGUUCUGAUAACACUGAACGAGGAGUCUCCAGAUCAUCGUCACCAAAAGUUGAAAGUUCGACACUCAAAGGGGAGUCCCACUGAUCUUGCACUACUGAGUUUAGCAAUGUUUCACAACGUCAUCUCACAGCUCAUGUCUUUCCAUCUUGUGUCUCAGUCCCUGACAAGAAUUCUGAAUUGUUGGAAGAGGAACCGUUGGAGGAUCAGACGUGCUGGCUAACGUUGUAGUUACAGUGACUUGGCAAAACGUAGGGAAUGUGCUCAGAAAAAAAAAAAACUGUGCCUUUACAGUAAUUUGUAGGAUAAGAGUAUAUAUUCAAGAAAAUAAUUUGAUGGUGUGUCUCAUCACAGCAGUAUUACAUUGUAGGCUUUUCCUUUGUUUGUUUGU